AUUGCGUAUUAUCUUCAUUUUACUUGGCUAUUUAAGAGGCGAUGGAGCGGUCGAAUCGCAGCACAAGUCGUUUGAAGAGGCUUGGGCAUAGACGUCGAGAUGGGCAAACUGCAAUCAUCUCUCCUUGUUUUGUCGGCGCUGUUGUGCCUGACUUUGGGAUGGGAACCGGGCACUCAGUACGUGUACAAAUACACCGGUCGCUCCGCAGCUGGCGUGUACGAUCUUAAGCAGCAGAACGCUGUGAUUGAACUGCAAAGCCGCGUCAUCAUUCAAAGCAUCGAUGAGAGCACCAUUGUCGUCAAGUUGACCGAUGGACGCAUUAAACGUAACGGAAACUUCGUGGAGAACCCUUACUUCCAGGGUGAAGUCAGCGACAGUGGUUACGUCAUCCAACCUGCUCACCCUGAAGAGAUUGAAGGUGAGGAGGACCAGUUGGUCAAUGAUGAACACUUUGGAGCUCCUUUCGUCGUCUCCCAUAACAAGGGAUCGGUCACCGGAAUCAAAAUCGGUGCCGAAGAGCCUUUGUGGAUCGUCAACUACAAGAAGAGCAUUGCCAGCCAGUUGCAAUUUGACAUCACCGGUGUCCGCCGUGAUGGCAUUUUCAACUAUGAAUCUGUCCCCGCCGAGGAAGAAACGAAAACUUUCACUGUCUUCGAGGAUUCCAUUAGCGGUGAUUGCAGCACUACCAUCUCCGUGACUCGCUUGCCCCUCGCUCAAGUCUACAUCACUGAUGCUUUCAAGUUGGGUUCAUUCGACGCCAUUUGCAAGGACAAGCCCGUCUACAAGAUCGUCAAGACCAAGGACUUCAACCGCUGCCAGCACAACCCUGUCUGGGCCACUGCCAAUCCCGCUACCCACAGCUGCGAUUUUGGCAAGACUGAUUGCGGUAACUUCAUGAAGCGUUCCACAAUCUACAAAUACGUCGCUUGUGGAGAGUCUUUCCCCAAGCUCACUUACGUCCAUGCCAGUGGCUUCAGCGAUUUGGCGAUUCAGCCCUUCGCCACUGAAACCAAAGAAUUGACCAACUCUGUUAUCAUUGACUGGUCUUUGGAGAAGAUGGAGAGCGUCAGCUCACGUUUCGCUUCCCCGUCCUCACCCAAGGAACACAAGAGCUUGUCUUAUGUCUUCGGUGACUUCCACCAAGUGAAUCACGAUGGAACCCCCGCUCAGCCCAACUUGGUCGACGCUUACAUCAACAGCCCUCUUCCCGUUUCGGCUCUGCACAAGAACAUUAUCGCUGCCCUGCGCACCGUCGCCAAGGAUCUGAAGGAGACCCCCGAUUCCGAGAAGGACAACCUGGAACGUUUGGCCGUCAUUGGCCGCGUUCUGUCCAUGUUCUCUUUGGACGAGUUGAGAUCCUUGUGGCAAGAAGUUAAGUCCUUGGAUUACCCCACCAUAACCUUGUUCGUCGAUUGCCUCGUCCAGUCUGGCAGCAACCCCGCUAUUAUGUUGAUCAAGGAAUUGAUUGAAACCGAGCAAAUCACCGGAGCUAAGGCAACAUGGGCUUUGGCUGCUAUCGGCUACUUUGCAAAGACUCCGACCCGCGAGCUCCUCCACGAACUUGUCAAUCUGUUGAAGUCUCGCCCUGUUCAGGCCAAUACUGAGAUGAAGCAGACCACUUUGGUUACCAUCGCUGAUCUGUUGAACGCCGCCUGUGGAUCUCGUUUCAUGGCCGCCAAGCGCUUCCCCGUCGCCGUUUUGGGUGAUUUCUGCGACCGCAAGGACACCGUCAUCAUCGAUGAGUUCUUGCCUCUGCUCGUUAAGGAGCUCGAGUCCAGCCAGUCCACCGUCGAUCGCAUUGUCGCUUUGGCCGCUUUCGGUUCUCUCGGCGUCGAGGAAAUCGUCCCAGUUUUGCUGCCCAUCAUCCGCGGUACUUCCGGUCAAUUCGAUGACACUGCCGAGCGUGUCCGCGCCAUCCUCUCCCUCCACCGCGUCGUUUUCGUCGUUCCCGAAAAGAUCCAUCCCAUCUUGAUUAACUUGGCCAGUAACACGGCCGAACGUGCUGAAGUUCGCAUGGCUGCUAUGAGUCUCUUGUUCAUGUCCAAUGCUCCUCAAUCUAUUUGGCAGAAAUUCGCUUCUAGCACUUGGUUUGAACCUAACCGUCAAGUUGCUGCAUUCACCCGCAGCCUGAUUGGAUCCAUGACCAACAUGCCCCCAUCUGUUCCUUUCUUGGAAGAGCUGGUCCAGAAGGCUCGCGUUGCCUGGCCCAUGGUCAAGCCCGCUCCUUUCGGUCUUCCCUACUCUUUCGCCGAUAUCCGCUCUUCCUACCUGGAUGAGGGUAUCGCCGUCAUGAUGCACACUCCCAGCUACCGCGUCGCUGAUGAGCACUGGCCCGUUUUGUUGGGCAACCGCUACUUCUACCAGCUCGGUCCCUUCACCGCCGAUGCCGGCAGUGUUUACCUGUGGAACUACAACAUGUCCGAAGUUUGGCAAAACAUUUUCGGCAAACUUUUCGGCCGUCUCACCAACAAGUAUGAAAGCAUGUCAUCACACAGGGCUGGUGAAAAGGGUGAAAAGCUGAGAGGCAUCUGGGAUGAGCUGAACGCUACUCCUCGCCCCGCUGACAAGCGCGCCGGUCUCUUGCACAUCAACUUGAUGGGCUCGAUCAACCGUUUCAUCAACCUCGAGAAAUUCGAAGAGUCCAUCCCCACUUUCAUGGCUGAGGCCAUGAAGUACCAGAACAUGCCCUACGAAGUCAGCGUCACCAAGUACCGCAUGUUGGCCGAAUACAACAUCCGUUUCCCCACCGAGUUGGGUCUGCCCAUGCGCUUCUUGGCCACUCUGCCCAUCCUCGUCUCCAUGCAAGGAAACUUGAAGGGUGACGGUAAGGGUGGCAUCAAGUCUGAUGUCAGCGCUGAACUCAGCUGGAAGUUGAGCUCCGAGAUUCGCGUUGAAAUCCCCUUCAACGGUAACUACAUCGCUACCGGUGUUGAUGUCCGUGUUGAUUCCCGCGCCCCCAAGGAGCUGAACUUCAACUACAAUCCUAAUAACGGCCAGAUGAAGGUUACCUGGACUCCUGGCACUAAAGUCACUGACCUCUUCUAUUACCACGUCAAGCCUUACACUGUCACUCGCAAUGUCGCUGAUAGCAUUACACCAACCCUCGAGGAUCAUGCCACUAGCAUCAUCAGCGUUACCAACAAACCCAUCAAGCGUGAAUACUCUCUGGCUGACCGCUUCGGUGUUAACAUCAAGCUCCAGGAACACAACGAAGUCGACUUUGUUGACAAGAUGGCUUACUUCGAAGCUUUCCAGAAAUGGGACAUCAACGGUUUCUCUAAUCUUGGAUUCGUUCCCUUGGAAAUCCACAAUAUGAAAUACGUUUUGCGGUACGAACCAUCCGGCACUCGUGCCCGCUCUGUUUCUACCUACUUCCAAUACCAAUACGCCACCAAAACAUGCGAGCACACCGUCGUUUACGAGUCGGGAUCCACCCAAUCCAGGGUUCCAUCGGAGCCUGAGGUGCUUUCCAGCAGCACUAUUGCUCCUGAAUUCCGCCCCGUUCUCGGACGUCUCUUCAAGAACCUGGAAAGCGGUAACGCUCACCUCAUGAAAGCCGGACUCGUUGCCGAGCAAAAGGAUGGAUCUUUCAUUUUCUUCAACGCCACUGUUGGUGUAUCGAAGAAUGCUUGGUUCACCAAGGACUUUACCGAUAUCCAAAUUGAAAAGUACACCACUUCAGGCCCCAGCGCUCGUGCCAACAAGAAGGUCGAUUUUGCCCUCUGCUACACUGCUGUCCGCAACUGGAACAAGCCUCCCACUUACGGAUUCAGCAAGGAUGUUCUCUACAUGACCGAGGAGGAUCACAUCGCCUUCGGUGAGCAAUGCGACCAGAACAAGAUCCGCUUCAAGGCUAAGGUCUACCGCGACGACUACGCCGCCAAGGCCGCCAUGUACAGCCCUGCUGGAAAGCAGUGCCAGAAGGAUUUGGCCACUGGAUUCAUGUACGGCAGCCCUGCUUGCACUGAAGCCCGCCUUAUGGACCAGACUUACAACAACUACGAAUUAACCGCUGAAGCUGAUUCUUUGUCUGAGACUGAUAACUACUGGUUGAACGCUGCCCGCCAAUUUAUCAACUUCAGAAUGUAUCCUUUCACCGUGAAACACAUCCAAGGACAGUCCAACCCUGCCAACCGUGCCACCUGGACCAUCAAACGCGAUCCAUACACUGGUGCCAGCAACAUGACCUUUGUCCGUCCCAGCGAAACUAUCGUUGCCGUCAAUUUCCGUCGUGGAGAUGAAUCUGUUAACCAAUGGGCUCGUUUCUCACCGCUGACUUUCGCUUAUUCGAAGGUCUUCUACCCUCUGAACGCCGGAAGCAACUUCAUCCGUGAUGCUGCCAGCUUGACUUCUGGAGCUGUUUCCGAGUCCAGGUGCUACGUUGGACCCGAUGCCGUCUACACUUUCGAUGGUGCUUUCUACAACUACACCGUCGGCGAUUGCCCCCAUGUCUUGAUGACCGAUUGCCACAAGCAAUCCGAAAUCGCCGUCACUGCCCACCAGGGACAUGAUGGACACAAGAUCGUCACCGUCAUCUACGGCAAGGACACCGUCGAGUUGGACCCUACCGGCUACGUCACCAUCAACGGCGCCAAGCAAGAAUUCAAGAACUUGGAACAGGAGAGCCGCUUCGAAAUCCGUGAGGAAGGAGACAAGGAAAUCAAGGCUGUUGUCUAUCCCCAUGCUGACAGCGUCAUCAUGGAGAUCAAGAGCUUGCACUUCUUCGUCAAGGUCCAGGGAUCUCACGUCGAGUUGACUGCUCCUCAACAUCUGCGUGGCAGGACUUGCGGUGUCUGUGGUGAUUUCAACCAAGAAGUUGCCGGUGAAUUCAAGACUCCUCAACGUUGCGCCGUUUCUGAAGGCGAACUUAUGGCCGCAAGCUUCAGGCUGAGCUCUUCCAAGGAAUGCUCUGCUUCAAACGAGGACAGUGAGAUCUCUCGCCGUCUUGAGAAGGAGACCGAAACUUGCCAGCCGAUCGACCAACAAUAUCACACUCACCUCCCCGAAUACGACACCAAUGCCCCUACCAAGUGCACCCGUUUCGAGAAAAUCACCCACGAGGGUGUCUCAGCCAAGGGUCAAUGCGAGUCUGUUGAAUGGAGUGCCGUCUGCCAGCCCGGCUGCAAACCUUUCAUGAUGGUCAGCAAGCCCUUCACCUUCAAGUGUCAAGGAGAGUUGCAAGACUUUGUCAGCUCACUCACUGUGCCAAGCACUUGUAUCGCUGCCUAAACAGUUAACUGUUCUUAGUGUAGAUAUACAGUGCGAGAUUUUGUGUUUUAUUCAAUUAUUUCUUGGCUGUUCUUGCUCAAAUUCGUUUGAAAUGGUCGAGUUUUACUCUUGUCAAACAGCUCUCGUGCACGUGGUUGAUUUGUAUAACUUGGUUUAUGAAGAAAAUAUAUCAAUAGUGGGUAUUGCAUCUUGAAAGUAAACCUAUUGUCUUGCAAAA